GUUAUGAACCGGGUGCCAAAAAAUCAGUUCCUUGCCUGACUUUGUUUUUUGUAUACCAAAUUUAAGUUACUGCAGCUAGAUAGAGCAAAUAAAUUAAGUCAUAUUUCCACACGCAAGCAUGAAUAGAUGUUCAAAUCCGUGCUUCUUCCGCGCUGCGCGGCUGCACAUACGUAAUCUGCACCAGAUGCGGAUUCCAUACGCCCGUCCCAUGGGCAUAAGCCAGCGCAAUUUCACCCUGGAGCCGCUGGCCAACCGAGAACUCAUCCGCGUCCAUGGGGCCGAGGUGGUGCCCUUCCUGCAGGGUCUGGCCACCAACGAUGUGGCCCGGAUCCAGUCGCCCGGAGGUCCUGCCUCCAUGUACGCUCACUUCCUCAACAAAUCGGGCCGGGUGCUGUACGACACGAUCCUGUACCGCACCAACAAUCCGGACACCAUCCUGGUGGAGUGCGAUCGCGAGGCUUCCUCGGAUUUCCGACGUCACCUGCGCACCUAUCGCGUUCGCCGGCGCAUCGAAGUGGACAGUGUGGACGACGAGUACACCCCUUGGGUGAUUUUUAACUUUAAGGACGGCUCGGAGAUGGUGGCCAAUCCGCAUCCAGAUCUAUUUGUAUCCCCGGAUCCGAGGCUGUCUGCCUUGGGCACUCGCGUCCUGGCGCCCACCAAUAUGGACUGGGCCAAACUGACCAAGAGUUUCGCUGACUUUGGCAUCGCCACACCCGCCUCCUCGGAUAGCAACUACCAGCUGGUCCGCUACAAGCAAGGAGUGGGCGAGGGCAGCUCGGAAUUGCCUCCGGGAAAAUGCUUUCCCCUGGAGGCCAAUGUGGAUUACCUGAACGGCGUAAGCUUCCAGAAGGGUUGCUAUGUGGGCCAGGAGCUGACAGCCCGCGUCCACCAUUCGGGUGUUAUCCGCAAACGUUAUAUGCCCAUCCGGCUGACAGCGCCCAUCGAUGCCGGUUCCAGCCAAGAGGUGACCUCCGUGGCUGGAGCGAAACUAGGACGCGUCUUUGGCUCUGCCCACAACCACGGAGUGGCCCUGUUGCGAAUCGAGAAGGUGCUCAACGGGCACCCGGAACUGAUGAUCGAUGGCGAGCGCUGCUAUGCCGAACGACCGGAAUGGUGGCCCGAGGAUCAGCCCGGAAAGCGGCGAAUGGCCUUCGCUGAAUGACCCAGGAGCUGAUUUAAAUCACUAUUUGUUAUUGUACCAAUAGUUUUAUUGUUAUUAAUAUAGUAAACGUAACUAGUCAUCGUCAA